AUGGCUACGCCAGCGGGGGGACCCGCGCCCGCGGCAGAGGGCGAAUCGGAGGCGGCCAAGCUGGCGGUGUGGAAGGAGGCGCUGUACGAGCGGUGCAAAGAGGCGUGGCCGGGCAACGACCUAUUCUCGCAAGACGACUUGAUGCGACUCGAUGUCAUUCCGAACCGCGACUUGCUGCUGCUGGCGCGCGUGGUGCAGUCGCUCAGCGAUGAUAAGCUCUUCAUCACGAUGCGCGAGGCCUCGGGCCAGGUGCUGUGGAAGUGGCGCGAUGCGCAGGAGGCUCACAAAUACAAGCAAUGCGCGACCGACGAACAGGGCAUGGUGUACUCGCUGAUCGACGACUCGGGCGGCGACGGCAUCUGGAGCCAGACGCUCCAGAAGCGACUCAACAUGCACGACUCGGUCCUCAAAAACGCCCUCAAGCAGCUCCAGGCUAAAGGCCUCAUCGCCCCCUUCAAAAACGUCGAGCACCCAAACAAGAAGAUGUACAUCAAGGCCUCGAUCCGGCCCAGCGACCGCGCCACCGGCGGGCCCUGGUACACGGACCAGAACCUCGACGAGGCCUUCAUCGAGGAGCUGCAGCGCGUCGUCUUUGACUUUAUCAAGAGGCAGAGCGGGUACCUGAGUACGCACGGGGGAGCCGGCGCCGCCGGGGGUGCUGCCAGGACACAGGCCCCCAAAAAGGGCGUCGUCAAGGGCUCCCUCGACAAGGGCACGAAGCGCAGCGCCGACGAGAUGAACAAACCGGCGCCCCCCAAGGCCGCCCGCGCCUCCGCCUCGGCCACCCCGGCUCCCAGGCGGGAGGCCGCGCUCCUCCCGCUGCCGGCCGGGUACACGGGGUACCCGACCGUGCGCGACAUUGCCCGCCUCCUGUCGUCGAGCGGCAUCACCAACAACACCAUCCUGUCCGAAGACGACGUCAAGAAGCUCGUCGACGUGCUCGUCUGGGAUAACCUCGUCGAGCCCGUCAAGGUGGCCGGCAGGCUCAGCUACCGCGUCGCCCGCAUCGCCAAGCAGUCCACCGAGAGCUGGGCCGGCCGCGACGACCCCACGGGCCGGGGCGGCGGACCCGAGCAAUACAUCAGCCCCCUGACCGAGGCGCCCUGCGGUGGCUGCCCCGUCUUUGACCUCUGCGAGGAGGGCGGCCCGGUUGGCCCGAGCAACUGCGAGUACUUUAGACGGUGGCUGGAAGCUUGA